CCUGAUUGUAACAGCGCUAAUUGAUGAAUCGCGCACUCACUAGCUUGUUUUCUCUUCAAAACAUGGCCUUCUUAGUAAAAUACACAGAGCUGGUCUCACUUUUCAUGGUUCUGCUAUGUUUGGGCAUCGCUUCUUUUGCCGAAAAAACUCUGGAAAGCCUUGGACUCGAAAUAAAAUGCGGAGAAGUCAAAGUGAGAAUAACCGUGAAGCGACAGUUUUUCGAGGAGAGACGGAUUCCGUUCAAACCUGACCAUCUUCGACUUGGUGCAAAAUCAACACAGGAGAGGUCAUGCGGACCAAAGGAACAAAUGUCUGACCAGGCAAUGGUCAUCUCUGCCGGGCUACAACAAUGUGGGACUGAGUCCAGUGCUCAUGGUGAAUGGCUGGUGUACUCCAACCAGCUGUUUCUGUUUCCUGCUGUGGUUCUUACCUCUUCAGGCAGUGCAAUAGUAAGGGGAGCAACUACUGUCAUACCUGUUGAGUGCCACUAUAAGAGAAAGCAGACAGUGAAUGCAACACCUUUAACCCCAACCUGGCUACCCAUGACAUCCACUAUCAGUGUGUUUGGCCUUCUGCACUUCUCCCUUCGUACCAUGACAGAUGACUGUACAUCUAUACGUAGUUCUACAGAGUACCAGCAGGGGGAAGCAGUGUUUUUGGAGGCCAGUGUAGAGGCCCCACUGCACCCUCCUCUAACUGUGUAUGUAGACUCCUGUGUGGCCACGCUGAAGCCUGAACCUCUGUCCUUGCCAAGCUACAAGUUUGUCACCAAGCAGGGAUGUCUUAUGGACAGUGUAUUGCCGGGGUCUUCAUCUAAAUUUCUCCUUAGGAAGCAAGAUAACAGACUAUGCUUCAGUGUCCAAGCCUUUCACUUCAAGCAGGAGUCUGGGGAACAGAUGUUCAUCAGCUGCCACCUUAGGGCUGCUCUAAAACAAAACUCACAUAGCCACCUUUAUAAAGCCUGCUUCUUCCACAGGCCGACAUUCAGCUGGCGUGCUGCAGAUGGAGAUGAUGGUCUGUGUGAAUGCUGUGACUCUGACUGCUUAACACAGACUGGAGAAGAGAAUAAUAUCCCCACUGGACACACAACUCAAUCAGAUACAGAAAAGAAGCACGAAGCUGACAUAACAGUUGGGCCACUUCACACCCUGCCAAGCUCCCAUUGGACAGGUCAUCUGUCAGUCAAUCACUAGAGAGCCUUUUACCAACACAGUUAGGUAGGUACAGGGACUGUUGCACUCUUGCAUUCUCUUUCUUCAAGAAAUAUGUAUAGAUGAAAGCCAGGAGUAGCAUGCUAUAGCAUUGACUUAUUUAUACUUGGUGACAUCUCCAAAACGCAUUCAAACCCCAUGUGGAUAUUUAUUUUUUGAUUACUUUGAACCCUGGAGGCCAAUUACAGCAGUGUUUUACCAUAGCCAACACAAAAACUCCCCCAUACACCACUGCUGACAGAGAAUGUUGGCUGAAGAGAUGAAACUGCAGUAAUGUAAACUGAAUAAUGGACCUGAAAAAACAAAUGUAAGGAGGAGAGCUAUUUUUCUCUCCAGCAAAAGAUGUGCUCAUCAUCUCACUGUCAGUUAAAUGAUACAACCUAAUUUUCUCUGUGUAAAUUACAUUUAACUAUGUCUACAUGUAGAAUAACAGUUGGAUGUGUAUGCCAAUCAAAUAAAAAGUAAGUCAUGCAUAUUCUGAA